UCAGUAGGCAAAUUGUGCCCGAAUUAACUAGUUUACUUGUUGGAGUAGCAAAUGAUAAGACGGAUUCGUGCAGUUAUUGAAUGCGCAGUGGCUUAAUUUUUUCAUUCUAAUUAAUUGGUGAAUUGAUUUGUGAUAAUAUUGAAUUGCUUAACGAAAGUGACUUGCAACAUUUCUUACAACAAUUGAGCUCUUGAGACCAACUAGCAGACAUAUACAGCAAUAAAUAUAAUUCCUCCAGUCUAGACGGAUUUGCAGACUUGAACUGGGCGUGAAUAAGUGAAGUGCGCCUCAGGUGGCGAACUGAAGUGCUGUUGCGCCGCAGACGAUUCGGAAACGAUAAACACAAACAAACAAGAAUUUGAUUGAAAAUAAACAAAUCGUCAUGACGGCACCAUUGGCAACAGCGAAGGUGUUACCACCAACAAGUGUCACUCAACUUCGUUUGUCGCAAUUAUGCCAGACGAUCUUUAUGCUCUUCGUAGUGACAACAACCGCAAUGGCACAUACACCAGCCACCGAAGAGCCAUUGUUUAAACUGAAUUCGGCUUUACCGAAAGUUUGCCUUUACGAAAUGGGUUGCUUACAAGGCAGACAUAUGCCCGGUUUAGGCGCGCACAAUUUUGAGGCAUUUCUUGGAAUACCGUACGCUCUACCGCCAGUGGGUGAGCGGCGUUUUGCGAAUCCCAAAGCGUUUCCACGCUGGUGGGGCGUUUUGGAUGCGACCGCAUCGAAGCAUAACUGUGUGCAAAAGAAUUACAUACUGCCUAAUCCGGUGGUGGAAGGCGUCGAAGACUGCCUGUACUUGAAUAUUUACAGACCAACAACAGACUCUUCACAGUUGCUGCCCGUUAUGGUUUAUAUACAUGGUGGCGGAUGGUUUAGUGGCAGCGCUGGUCCAUUCUUACAUGGUCCUGAAUAUAUUAUGGAAACAAAAGAAGUCAUCUUAGUCUCCAUCGCUUAUAGAUUAGGGCCGUUUGGCUUUCUCUCAACGGACGAUGCCAAUAUGCCCGGUAAUUUGGGUCUUAAGGAUCAAAAUUUGGCUUUACGUUGGAUUAAACGAAAUAUUGGCGCUUUCGGUGGCGAUCCGGACAAGGUAACCAUAUUUGGACAGAGCGCUGGUGCCAUUUCCGUGCAUCUGCAUAUGUUGAGUCAUCAAUCCGAAGGUCUCUUUCGUAGCAUCAUUACCAUGAGUGGCACCGCAAAUGUACCGUUUGCCAUUAAUGACGAUCCGCUCCAACAGACCCGUGAAAUUGCUAGAUUUUGUAAUAUCAGCAAUGUGGAAGAGUUGAGCACCGCUAAACUGACGCGCGCUCUACGUGCACUGAACGCCAAUGAAAUAGUGAAUGCGGGUGAUAAACUCAAAUAUUGGAAUGUGGAUCCCAUGACGAAUUUCCGUCCCAUCGUAGAGAAGCAUGGCGGUCGCGAUGCAUUUCUUACACAACACCCGGAGGAGUUAUUGAAUGAGGGUAAAUAUACGCCUGUGCCAUGGCUGAGCGGCGGUGUACCGGGGGAGGGAGCUGUACGUGUGUUCUCAAUCUUAGCAAACGAGACGUUGAAGCAACAGUUCAAUGCGAACUUUCACGAGUUGCUCGAGAAGUUACUUGAGUUUCCGACGUCAUUUACGCGUGCACAGUCGACAGCAAAGACACAGCUGGUCAUCGACGAGUAUUUCGGUGGACGACCGGUAAUCGAUAAUGCGACGGCGCAUGGUUUUCUUGAUUGCAUCAGCGAUCGCGCCUUUCAUCAUCCCUACUACAAUGCUAUUCGUGCUUAUGUGCAUACCGUCGAUGUGAAAAAGUAUCCUGUCUAUUUGUACAAACUCAACUACAAAGGUCUUCAUAGUUUCACGAGCAUUUACACUGGUGGCAUGCCGAUCGGUGAUUUUGGUGCGGUACAUUGUGAUGAUCUAAUUUAUACCUUCCGUGCGCCAGUGGUCUUUGCCGAUUUCAAACAGGGUUCGGCAGAUGCGUCGCUCGCUGCGUACUUCACACGGAAUCUCGUCAAUUUUGCCAAGCAUGGCAAACCGUUGAAUGCAGACGCUUUAAAACCUUGCACUGCCGCCACAUUUUCGCAAAAAUCGGAUGCCAUUUGUGAUUAUCAGGAAUUCUCGAAUUCUGGCAAUGAUUCUUUUAGAAUUUCCACAAGCAACAAGUUUAACGUGAAGCGCGCAAAACUAUGGAAUGCGAUUUUGGAAAUAGAUUUUUAGGUGAAAUUUGACUGAAGCUCAUUAGAGCAGUUAUUUUUAGAGUUUUUUAAGUAGUGUCUUCAUGCUGAGAUUGUAGUAUUAAAUAUGUUAACAAAUGUACAUAGAUAUAUGCAUAUGUACUAAUGCAUAUUAGAUUUUUUAUCAAGUAUUUAUGUAGGUUUUAUAUUUAAUAUAUAUAGUUCUUAGAUUCAUAGUUGACUUUUAUACACAAAUAAAUAUAUCCUUAUAUUGCAUAUGGCAUAAUUCUAUAUAUA